AUGACUGCUUCCACAAAUGCUGCCGUGGCUCAAUUUGCUGAGACAUUGUUGUCCCUAGAUAAUCAAAGUCAUCUUGCCGUGGUUCGUUAUCGAUCGGAUACUGCAGCAGCCGAGAACAACUCUCCAACUUCGGCUGAUUUGGGAGAACUUCUCAAGAAACUUGGAAGUCGGUAUGCAGAACAGUUAACCGCUGACGAGUUGGAUUUGUGCAGCGCCUUUCAGUCAGGAAGGGAAGUCCUUAAACGAUAUCUAGACGACCCUGAUCUCGUGUUUCGCAUGACGGGGGAGGAUCGGGAAGAGCACUUCAUCAGUGAAAGAUUCGUCUCAAGGAACGUGCACAAAAUGGUAGACUUAUUGUUUCGCCUCAUGAAGCCUAACGUGAUCUUAGCGACGACAUCGUCCACGUUGAACGUUAGCGGUCCAGGGGGUAUCUUUAGAAAGCACAUGGAAGGUUUCAAGGUGUUAAUUGGCGAUGAGGUUUCACAGAUACCGGAACCAGUGCUAAUGGCUUUAGCAGUCCGCCUACCUGCUCGUCGGCACGUGUACAUAUUUGCGGAGUUUCUGGACGACUACCGAAGGAUGAAUGUGGCAUUUUCGCGAUGCCGUCAUGGGCAAUUCAUCCUCCUGGGACAUGUCCGAAUGCUACAAAAGAUCCCUUACUCAAACAGGGUCUUCAGUUGGUCAACCUCCAUAAGAGCCAUCGUCAGCCGAUCUGACCUAGGACGGGCGUGGCCGAUACGCGUGGGGUGCGGGAAGAAACUCCAAUGUCCGGUGACCGACCGGCGGCGCCUCUCCAGUGAUAUCCCUGGGCUGCUGCUUGCCCCGUCAUCAUCGUCAGCCUUGCAACCUACCAGGAUCCAGGCCCACCGUGCCGCAGGUCGCUUGCUGUGA